AUGGCGGAUCCGCAAGCGCAGUUGAAGUGUUUGCAAGAUGUGUGGGACACUUGCCAGGCGAACGAUGAUCAGAAGCAUGUUUUGAUCAAGAACCUGUUUGCAUAUGUGGACGAUCUCUCGGCUCGUUUGUCAGAAGCCGAGUACGAACUUCGUGAUCGAAAAGACGUGAUCAAGUUGACACGCGACCGUUUCGAAGAAGCCAAGAAGGAGAUCAAAGUUUUGGAAGUUGAGAAGGCUCGUCAUGCCUUCGCAUCCGUUUUGAUCGAUGGUGAUUGUAUGCUGUUCAACGAUGGUCUUGUGAAAGCCGGACUAGAAGGUGGAAAGAGAGCCGCCGGCUUACUCAAACAAGCUGUUGAGGAAGAACUUCGAUCAUCUCCACCUGCGUUGGCCCACCAUAUCCAGGUGGUCGUUCGUGUUUACGCGAACAUGAAAGGGUUGGCGAAGACAUACAAAGACGCGGAGAUUCUCCCGCAGGUAGCGUCGUUUGACGAUUUUGUACGUGGAUUCAACAUGGGCGAUCCCAUGUGUGAUUAUGUUGAUGCUGGCAACGGCAAAGAGUGUUCGGAUGAGAAGAUUAAGGGUGAGUUAUGUGUCACCCAAACAAGAUGCUAA